GGCGCUUGCACAUCCGGGUGGCUCUCUGCUCAUCAAUCGCAAUCCGCCUCCCCUGCGGUCUCGAGUGGGGAGCUCUGUGCAGAAGAAAGCGCCGAAUCCCGGAGCUCCGCCGGCGUCUUAUCGGGACUCUGAGGCGCUGCUUGCCCCGCACAGGCCGCACAUGCCGCGGACUCCGCCGGUUGUGCACGGCGCCAAGCGCUCACCGUCGGUGCGACAUCUCCGCGCUGAGGUAGCAUCUCAGGCUAACGUUAGCUAACAACAUCGAUCUCUCCUACUCCACCCCCCAUCUCUCUCUCUCUCUCUCCCUCUCCCUCCCUCUCUCCCUCUCUCUCUCCCCCCCUCUCUCUCUCUAUCUCUCUCUCUCUCUCGCCUGCCGAUCUGUCACCGCAGCUGCUGAUUGAUAACACCGGACCACCGAGCGGGAUCUCCCCCCUUGUCCCGGCUGGCGCAGGAAGCUCACAUUUUGGAUUUAGGGCCCGAAAUCAGAGUGGCUUCGGAGUUUUAACCCGUGACAUUUUGAUUACUACGAACCCCUCCUCUUCCUCCUCUUCCUCCUCUGUGGCCUUUCAGGGCUCAGUGUUGAUGAAAUCCAUUGAUUUAUGCUAACCAGCGGUUGUCUCUUCUCUCGUCUACCUCAGCGGCCCCGAUGCCACCCCUUCCCCGUCUCUAACCUCAGCUGUGCUAUCAUCCCUCCCUGAUCCACCGAGCCCCACCGGCUCUGCUGCCACUGACAAGCCGGCCGAAGAGCGCAGCUGGGCGGGCACUGACAGCGGCGUACCCCGGCAGGCCCCUCCGGGUCUCCACCUCCCUCUCUCCUCUCCUGUCUGUCUGACUCCGCUCGCCUGAGGGGGAAGCUAACCGGCUGCCCCCGUUCGAUUUGACACGGACAGACAAAAUCAUCUCGUUAUCGGUCUGCCCCCGCUACCCCUCUCACCCCCUACCCCCCACCCUCACCCCCGCCCCGUACGCCGCCCACACCGCCCCGAGUUGACCUCCGCACGGAUCUCGCCACACUCGCAGCGGCCGAGCCACGGGUCUCGCCAUGCCGGGUCCAGCGGCCGGUAGCAAGUCCCGUGUGUACGCAGAUGUCAACACGCUGAAGAGCCGGGAGUAUUGGGACUACGAGGCCCACGUCCCCAGCUGGAGCAACCAGGAGGACUACCAGCUUGUUCGUAAACUGGGCAGAGGGAAGUACAGCGAAGUGUUUGAGGCCAUCAACAUCACCAGUAAUGAGAAGGUGGUGGUUAAGAUCCUCAAGCCGGUCAAGAAGAAGAAGAUCAAGAGGGAGAUCAAGAUCUUGGAGAACUUGCGAGGAGGGACCAACAUCAUCCGACUAGUGGACACAGUCAAAGACCCUGUGUCCAGAACUCCAGCGCUGGUCUUUGAAUGCAUCAAUAACACAGACUUCAAGGAGUUGUAUCAGAAGUUGACAGAUUUUGAUAUCCGUUUCUACAUGUAUGAACUACUGAAGGCUCUGGACUACUGUCACAGUAUGGGCAUCAUGCACCGUGACGUCAAACCCCACAAUGUGAUGAUCGACCACCAGAUGAGAAAGCUCCGUCUUAUAGACUGGGGUUUGGCCGAGUUCUACCACCCUGCACAGGAGUACAACGUCAGGGUGGCCUCACGAUACUUCAAAGGACCCGAACUCCUGGUGGACUACCAGAUGUAUGAUUACAGUCUAGACAUGUGGAGCUUGGGCUGUAUGCUGGCCAGUAUGAUCUUUCAGAAAGAGCCCUUCUUCCAUGGACAGGACAACUAUGACCAGUUGGUGCGGAUCGCCAAGGUUCUUGGAACAGACGAGCUGUUUGGCUACUUGCGCAAAUACCACAUCGAACUGGACCCGCGCUUCAAAGACCUGCUGGGACAGCAGAGCAGGAAGCGCUGGGAGCAGUUUGUGCAGACGGAGAACCAACACCUGGUCAGUCCUGAGGCGCUGGACCUGCUGGACAAGCUGCUGCGCUACGACCACCAGCAGAGACUGACAGCCACAGAGGCCAUGGAGCACCCCUACUUCUACCCAGUAGUGAAGGAGCAGUCUCUGUCGAACUCGGACAACAACAUGGUUUCCAGUGGCAACACUACAGCCCGAUGAAACACAGAGGAAGAAGAGGAAGGAUGUUUGUUACCUCAACUUUGUACCCGGUUGUGACAGUAACUUUGACAAGUGUACAGUGACAAUGGAUCAAAGUAACGCUGACCAGUUACACACUCACAGAUAUGUGCUUAAGGACACACGGACACACACACACACACACAUACACAUACACAUACAUACACACACAGCUAUAGACACACAUGCAGACACUUACACUUACUUACAUACAUACAACCUCCUCCUCUGUAUCAGUCUGUGAUUGGCUUGUCCUGGUUCCCUGUCAAGCAGCCUGACCAAUGAGCUUGAAGCUGUCUCUCUCUCUUUCUCUCUCUCUCUCUCUAUAUCUCUCUCUUCCUGUCUCUCUCUCUCUGCCCCCAUCCCACUUCUCUGUCCCAACUCAGCCUCAUGUAGGUCGACAAGGAAAAGCUACUUUUAAAGACAAUUCAUCCCAUCUCUCUCUCUGUCUCUCUGUCUCUCUCUGUCUCUCUCUCUCUCUCUCAUCCCCAGCUCCCUCCCUCCAUCCCUCCUUCAUGUCCAGCCCUCUUUGUUUGAAUCAGCAUGGAGAAUGAACAGGAGUGUGAGCCUGUGCAACAACAAACCCCUCCUCCCCUCCCCUCCCCCGUCCCUUCAUCAUCCAUCCAUCAUUCAUCCAUCCCUCCGUUUGUCUGUCUGUCCCAUCCUGACCCGUGUGCCCCCUCCCCCCCACCCCCCCGACAGACAGACAGACGUCUUAACACUACUCCAGUUCUGACAGUGGCAUGGUGGACUCUCUAGAUAGAAUGAUGAUGACGAUGAUAAUAAUAAUAAUAAUAAUAUUAAUGACAAAUAAAUGAUUUUUAUUUAGAUGAA